UCCAACAGAAGUCAUGAUCAACGUCAGCAUAAAUCCGCUGCCCGCCAUGAGAAUGAUUGCGAAAUGUAAACAGGGAUUUUUCAUCCACUCCACAAAAAGUGUUUUUCUUUUUCCACUUGAAGAAAAUCCCCUUUCGUCUGCCCUUUUUCUUCAACUGCUUCUUCAAUGGCUUUGAUCUCCUCCUCAGUUUCAGCCAAUCCUCUCUCCCUCUGUAUAUCCACUCCACACUCUUCAAGAAAAGCGCGCAGAAAGCUUUCACCUUCACUUGCUUCUUUAAGUCCUUCCUCUUCAUCAUCAUCAGCUUCGCAAGAAUCGACAUCGGCAACAAAAACUGAAAAUUUCGGUGUAUCCACAAAAGGGUCGUCUCCGAGAGCGCCAUUCGUUGAGCCCCUGACUCCGCCAGAGCUUCCAUACAAUUAUGCUUUGGCAAAUCCAAAUGGAAACCCGGUUGUGCAAUUUGUACAGUCUACUGAGUCUACCAUCGAAAGAGUCAUAUUUGACUUCCGCUUUUUGGCACUUCUGGCUGUUGGGGGUUCGUUAGCAGGUUCUUUGUUAUGCUUUCUAAAUGGGUGUGUCUACAUAUUUGAUGCAUAUAAAGUAUAUUGGACAAGCUGUGUCAAAGGAAUCCAUACUGGAAAAAUGGUUCUCCGAUUAGUUGAAGCUAUUGAUGUAUAUCUUGCUGGGACUGUCAUGUUAAUAUUUGGCAUGGGCUUGUACGGGCUAUUCAUUUCAAAUGUGUCUGCUGAUGUGCCUCCUAGUACUGAUCGUGCACUCACGGGCUCUUCCUUAUUUGGCAUGUUUGCUUUGAAGGAGAGGCCAAAGUGGAUGAAGAUUUCUUCUCUGGAUGAAUUAAAGACUAAAGUGGGACAUGUCAUUGUGAUGAUCCUUCUGGUAAAGAUGUUCGAGAGGAGCAAGAUGGUCACAAUAACAACAGGGACAGAUUUACUAAGCUACUCCAUAUGUAUAUUCUUGUCGUCAGCUUCCCUGUACAUUCUUCACAACCUACAUAAGCCGGAAACAGAAAAGCACGAAUGAGAAUUGGCCUUGUCAAACAGUACAUAGCUACCUCCAAUUUGCAUACCCAAGCUAUGCCAUUUUCGGUUUACAACUCAAAGGUGAAGAUCUCUUGCUCCUUUCUAGUUGAAGGAUGUUUGUAUGAACAUGCUUAUAGGCUGGCAUCCCAUUUUACUACUCCUUGAACUCGAGGAAGGGUGCAAAUUUUAAUGGAAGAAAUCAGUAGUCUGACUUAAAUGUUCAAA